AUGAGCUUGGGAACAAUCCUGAAUGAACCAUUGUCUAGUUACCAGAAGGCAAUAAGAGAACUCACCUAUGUUUUCGACUGCCUCGAUGAUUGCGAAUGUGACACUGACGAUGAAGUUGUGCACUGUCACAAUGGAAAUCGCAAAGAACUAGCUCUUCCAAAAGGUAUAGCUCUACCCAUAUUCCUAACGCGAGACAAAAGAACGUUUCGUUUAGGACAACGUUUACGUGGAUUUCCCGUUAUCGGCAUGACAUAUAACGAUCUUCACCGUCUCCCCGACGAAGCAACUUUGAUAACGAAGUUUCCCGACCUUAAGGUGAUUGAUGUGGAGCGUAAUCCUAACUUUGACUGCGAUUCUUUGAAAGAAUACGAUCGAGUCAAGAUUGUGUCGGAUUGUUAUAAGAACGUUUCAGAAGUUAGCAAAGUACCAAGAAUUUUCCGACCGACGCGUAAGAGAAAAAUAAUAACGCCUACUCGAUUUGCCCCAGAAACGCACGGCAAAUUACAGCCAAUUGAUCCGCUAUGA